UUAAUUCCAGUAGGUGGCAGCAAUGCAACUCUUUGGAUGCAAACCGCCAUUAAAAACCAAAGAAGAAGAAGAAAAACAGAACUCUUCAAGAACUUCCGGGGCGACAAAGAGGAAGAAGACGACGACAGUUUGAAAGAUGGCGGCGCACACGCAGAAGAAUAACAAGCCGGGGAAACCCGGAGGAAAAGAGGCUCAGCCUCUGAUUAUCGCCAAAACUCCGGCGGAGGAGCAGCGUCUGAGGCUGGAGAGGCUGAUGCGGAACCCGGAUAAAGCCGCUCCCAUCCCGGACCGGCCCAAAGAGUGGAACCCGCGAGCUCCGCCGGAGUUCGUCCGGGACGUGAUGGGCUCCAGCGCCGGAGCAGGCAGCGGAGAGUUCCACGUUUACCGACACCUCCGCCGCAGAGAGUACCAGAGACAGGACUUCCUGGACAAGAUAGCAGAUAAACUGGAUGAGGACCAGCAGUACCUGGACAAGGUGGAGCAGAACAAACAGGAGGCGGAGGAACGGACCGCCAAGCGCCGGAAGAAGCGCGAGAAGCUGAAGCAGAAGAAGCUGAUGGCGAAGAAGGCGAAGCUGGAGUCCAAGAACAAGGAGGACGAAGAGGACAAGAGCUCGGACAGCAGCGAGGAGGACAAGGAGGAAGAGGAGGAGAGAGAGGCUGAGGAUGAUGCAGAGGCUCCUAGCUUCAUCAUGGGGAGGAAAUGACGUCCUGUGUGUCCUGCAGGGUGACCGCCAGGACCGGGACUGCUGGGUUUAAUGCCUCUUAGUGACACUGUGGAUGAUCGGACAUGAAGACCAGGAUCACACAACUUCUCAUGUGCAUCCAGGUUAAAGAGCCCCGUACAAGAGAAUCUGCUUCCUGUUUUACUGCCAGAAAAAAAUGGAUGGAUGGAUUUCUGAAGGGGCCCUGGGACCCGGAGUGUCAGGGGGCCCCUGGCUUUCACUUACAAAAUGUCAGAUUAACACUUUUUAUCUUUCUUAUUGUGUCUAAUUCACACAGACUGACCAGGAAGAGACUCAAAAUGACCACAGAGUGUCAUGUUCUCAUCCCAACUCAUCACAUAUCACCGUUUCCUAAGUCCACUUUCACGUCUGUGUCUGUUGUUGCCGUUCUGUGAGGCCGUGUCAAAUUACGCUUGUUAUAUGCGUUGUUUCUUUUCAAAUCACACCUCCAUUUUUACAGGAAAUGGACAGUUUCUGCUCGUACGAUGCAUGCAGUCUUUGUCAGUAAAACACUUCAUAUAUACGUUUAUCUCCUUGUGCAACAAACACAAGGUGGUUAUGUCUGGCAAAAAACAUCAUGGUUUAGCUCAGCAUUCACACAGGAAGUGAACAGCGGCCUCCCAGGUGGAAGUCUGGGGCUUGUCAGAUUCAUCCACCUCCACUCCCACACACCCUAUAGAGACUUUACAGCUCCUUAUGUGACGUUGUUAGCAGCAGUGUUUCAAACUGAAGCCACCCGACGGCAAAAGGUGCCUUUUUACGUUCGUGUCUGACGCUGAAAUCACUGACGACAUGGCAAUAUUUGAUGACUUGGGAAUCAGAACGGGCUGCAGAGAGACACGAACUCACAGAAAGAUCCAUAACAUGUGCUGUGUGUGUAGGAGCAGAGGUGGGGCCCUUUGUGCGUCAUUGCGAUUAUGCUCUCCAUAAUCUCUCUGCAGUGUUUUUCAUGUGUCAGCUGGCAGGGCAGGUGUGCUGUCGUCUUCAGGGCUUCUCGAGUUUGUCAAAAAUUUGUGAUAAUUAUUAAGAACUCUGAUUGAUUUGAAUAGUUUUAAUAAAAAUGUGAAUACACACAGACA